AAUGGCCACGCACAUUACGGUGGUCUUGAACGAACUUCGGCUCGAUUCCAUCUUAAUUAUUUUCGUCUUCCUCAGUUAUGUAAUGAUUACGGUAACGAGGGAAAAUGUUUUACAGCGACCCAUAAUUUGAACUGGCCAUUGCAUUGUGACGGAGCCGAGAGGGAACGAGCCGAGAAUGACGCAACGGAGACUCCCCGCCACGGGGGUGGCAGCCACGCGGGAGGCCAAGCCCAUUCCCAGCGCACUGAUGAUCACCCCGAUGGAGAUGCAGUUGGCUGUCGACGACGGCUGCAGCCUGCACGUGGCCUUCGAGGAGCUGCAGUGCCACCUGAGGCAGUCGCGCGACGAGAUUGCGCGUCUGAGCAGGCUCAGAGCCAAGCUGACGGCGGAGGUUGACGCCAAGAACGUCAGCAUCGGCUACCUGCAGCAGGAGCUGGAGAAGCGGAAUCGGGAGACGCAGGAGCUAAGGGCGAAGAUGGACGAGGCCAGCCAAGACAAUGCGGAGCUCCGCAAGCGCCUGGCGGGGUCGGCGGGCGAGAACGCGGGAGGCCCUUCUGCAUGUCCCGAGGACCCAAAAGGAUUCCUCUACCCAGUCGAGCUGGGCUCCGGCUCUUCCGACCGGGAGAACUCGCCCGCCUGGACCCUGGAGAACAUGUCUCAGCACCUGAUGGCCCAGAUGCAAAAGGAGAUGACGGAGCUCAAGGAACUGGGCAGGAAACUGAGCCACUCGGACGGCACGGAGGCUCCGGCAGCGACCGGAGGAGGGGGCGGCGACGAAGACGGCAGCAGUGAGGAGGCUGCGCUGAGGCUGGUGUCGGCCAUGGGCGCACAGCUGGGGGCCGCCAAGGACAGGCUCCUGGGGCAGCGGGCAGCCCUACUGGCUCUUCUGUCCAGCUGCAGAGACGACAGGUCCAGGAGGCAGUCCCCGGGGGACGGCAAGUCGCGGCCGGCACUGAGCGGGCCCCGGCCGUCGGACGAGAGCUUCCGGGUUUACUUCACCCAGCAGCUGUCCGGCACGGGCGCCGGUGAACCCGGCGACAGCCCCGUAGCCGAAGAGCGCCUGGAGCGUGUCUGCCCCAUCUGCGAAGUCCUCUUCCCCGAGAGGGUCACCCAGGACGACUUUGAGGGACACGUGCUCGAGCACCUCUCGGGACACGCAACCGUCUUUGAGGACCAGCCGUCCCCCACGACCGACUGAUGGCGUCGGCCGUUGGCUCCGUUCUCAAAGGAAGAGACUCUGUCCCCUCGUGGCCUCGGUACGCUGGCGUCUGGACUCCGAAACGGUCUAAGUGCGCCGGUCAAAGAGACGUUUCAGGCGCCGUAGCCUCGGUCUAGGCAAUGCCUCCCGGAAAGAGGGUGGUACGUAAGUUUCUGUCGCCCCACCCGGAUCGAAGGGUUGUCCUCCUCUUACCGUACGGUUUGGAUCUAAAGCAAAAAGCCUCGCCGUGAAAAUAGGGCUCUGUUUUUUCCGUAGCCUCCCUGUCUGGCUUUGGGAAACACAACCUCUCGUUGUUAUAGGGGCUCUGUAUAGAAUCUUUUUCUGCCCAGUCUCGUAGCGAAAGGAUAUUUAUGUGGUACGCGUGCCUCCUUUGAAGGCAAAGGUUGUGUUGAAGGCAAAAGCCUCCCGGCGAAAGCCGGGACCUAGCCGUUACCCAAGGGCGAGACCUCGCUAAACAUUUUGCCGUCGUUUACUAGAUUUCAGAGAUAUUUAUCUGUUGUUUAAAGGUUUCAUCAAAGGCAAAGGUUGAAUUUCAUAUGGACACCUUGUCACGGAGGAAUGUCUUUAUUCUGCCAUUUAUGUAAUUGUGGGGAAGAGUGUUGGCACCUUCUCCAAAAACGAUGCUUUAUUAACACCAACAUUCCCUCGUACUGCAGUAAAAGUGUGUACACAAUACUGGUAUCUUUUGACGAGGUCGCUCAGCUUUGAUGCUUUGCUGCAAAAGGAAAGGCACAAUUUCACAUAUCUGAUUCAGCAGAAAUGAAGGCGAUCUUUGCAUAAGAAACGUUAAUUCAGCCUUUGUUUUAAACUAAGAAUGCCAUUUUUCUUUAAAAAAAGUUUUUUUUUUUUUAUUGGAGUGAAAUUUUAUAAAAAGGAUGGCAGUUAUUCUUCUUACACAAGUGCUUUCCAGGUUUGCAUUGAAGAAAUUAUUUUAAAAAUCAUGUUUGAGGUCAAACCCUGAGCAAUACUGCUGUUACCAGGGGUGUAAAAGCCAUUCUAUCUGAGCAUUGAUUACAGAAGCUGGUUUGUGGGGCACAACUAUGUUUCCCAUUUGUAAAGGUCUGAAAAAAAGGUUACUGUGCUGCAUUUGUAUUUGUAGUCUUACAGAUGUACAGGGCGUGGCCGUAAGGACUCGCACAUUUGGCACACCUCGCAAAAUUCCAAUUCUAAAUGUACAUUCUUGAAGUUGGGCACCUGAAUGUACUUUCACAAGAAGUUUUAUGUAUUUUUUUCACAGCUCAACUCGGAAACCAUGUAUUUCCUAUGUCCUAUACCGCCCUGCUCGUCAUCCGCACACUAGUUUAUGAGCUCUCCUCUGUAGAGCUUGCUUAAAGACGGACGUACACUUCACUUUCCACUUUUGCCUGCCACCUCCUCUCGUAUAUCCUCUGCACGCUUUACCUUGCCCCUACCUGGCUCCCCCUCGCAGCUUAGGAGAGGAAAGCGCUAAGAGGAUUAUCUUCCCUGCAGAAAGCCAAGGUUGUAUGUCGGCCUUUAACGGAGAACGUUAAGGACCAAUAGUAGAGGCUGGUAAUCAUCAAUAUGAAAGUGAUGAUUGAUACUUUUAGCGAAACAUAUGAACAAUGACCACCUGGGAGCAAGAUAAGAAACCAGUGUGCAGACGACAAACAUCUGGUAUAGGGAUGAUUGAUACUUUUAGCGAAACAUAUGAACAAUGACCACCUGGGAGCAAGAUAAGAAACCAGUGUGCAGACGACAAACAUCUGGUAUAGGGCAGGAGGCACUCAUUUGAUCGAAUGACGUUUUAGCGAAUGUCCACGUUUCACCGAAUGACACUUUAGCGAAUAGUUGGACGCCGCCAAGCGGCGUUUUCGGGUGGGCCAAAUAGGUUCACAUUUUUGUAAUGAGCCGCCGCAGACUGUCGCCACGAAGCGGCGUAAAGCGCAGCGCGGUGGGUGGGUUAACGCGCGCCCCCGUUAUUCGCUAAAACGACGAUUCGCUCAAAUGUCGCUGUUCGCUAAAGUGUCAUUCGCUCAUGUGAUAUGGACCUGUAUAGGGCAUAGCCUCAUAGGAAAUACACAGACGCCGUUUUUGUUCUAUUCUUAAUAUUUUACCACCUCCGACUUGAGCUCUAAAAAAAAAAUAGCCAUAAAACUUAUUGCAGAACUAUGUUUAUGUGCCCAGUUUUAGGUAUGUGCUUUUGGAAUACAAAUUUAGCAUGGCGUGCCAAAUGUGCUGGUCCUUGCGGCCACACCCUGUACUAUCUUGGAAUAUCGCCCAACCUGGUCACUGCAUCAGUACUAAAUUAUGUUCAAGUCACCACUGCAUAGCGCUAUUCCUAGUGUUGAUUUAGCACUGCAGUGUGUUGCACCAAGUGUAGAGUGGAUUGGAGAAACCAGUGCCUGCCUCUCAAAGGUGUGUCUGCAUGGCCAGAUUCUGAGCCAUAGCUUUGUCAGUAGAACAGCCUUAAUUUUCAAGCUCCUUGCUGUUUCGAUUUUUUCCUAUGUGUAUUUCGUUCACAGAGGCCAAGUGGAACCUUGAAACCACACAGGGAUGAAAAUGACCACUCAAAUACAGUCAAACCCGUUUAUAACGAACAGCAGGAAAUGCUACGAUCAGUUCGAUGUAGCAAGUAGUUUGAUAUAGCAAAAAAACCUUUACAACGAACUUCCACGAUGCAUUUGUUGUAAGGCGAGAGCUUCUCUUUCUCUCUCAUCUCUUCGCUUCCACCUUGUGACAAAGUGCUAAAAAGAUUUUUUUUUUGCUAAUUUUUUUAGUUUUUUUAGCUAAUCUCCUUUUUUUAAUCACUUCUCAUUGUGGGCAACCGCUUUAGAAUUAAAUUAUUUUUUUUUUGCGCGUGCGUGCAGUGUUUUUUUUUUAGCUUUCUCCCCUUCUGAAUUGCUUCUCUUUGUUAAUUUUGUUUGCGGCCUGAGAUUUUGAAAUUUCUUUCCUAUUUUUUUUUUGUGCGUCGGGGGGUGGGAGGAGGAGUAGGAGAGAGGGAGGGACAGGGACAGGCCAUACUCCGCUUCAUUUUAUGUUGUACCGCACAGAAGGCUAGAAGCGCGAGCUUAUAGCGUUGGGAGCUGCUCUUAACGCACGAGAGCAAGGAGCUUGCGCAUGUAGCCCUUCCUGCGGUACAUCACAAGGUGAAAUAGGGUAUAGAAGACGAUUGUUUGUGCGUUUUUGGAAGCCUUCUUGGGGGAAAAAGUUUGAUAUAGCCAAUAGGUUGUUCAUCAUAAAAAGUAUGUUUUACAUGCAUUUUUAUUUCAAUUCUUUGCGUGUUCGAUAUUGACAAUUAUUCGCUGUACGUGGGUUCGUUCUAAACGGGUUUCACUGCAAGUUAGUGAAAAAGAUUGUGGCACAGGUAGAGAGGUAUAACCGUAAGACGCAGGCGAGCUGGUGGAAGGAAAACAUGAUAGAGACCCAGUGAAAAAGACCAACGAGGGAAAGAAGUCAACAGGAAUUCUUAUUUCUUUCCUCCGCUUGCCUCCCGUUACAUUUUCACACUCCAGUGUGAGGUUUUAUGCCGUAACGUUCCAAGUGGAAAUGGAAGUUUCUUUGGGAAUUGAUUUAGAAAAUAUGCAUACAAAAUAUUUGGAUCGUGCUUGGUUAUUGUCAGUGUGUUUUAUAGAACCUUGUUUAGGAGCCCUGAGCAAGACAUGUUGCAUGGAUAAAUGUGAUGGCACUUGUAACUUGAAUAGAUUUAAUGGCAGAGAAUAGCAUGAAAACACAGAGAAAACAAAAAUGCAGAACAAGGAACGAGGUCCACACGCACAAUUUCCUAAUCCUGCAUUUUUUUGUGCCGGCUUUAUCUUAGUUAUGCACCAACAAGCCCGACUCCAUGCCUUGUGGAAAAUCAACUGCCAUUACACUUUAAACUUUAUAUUUGUAGGUUUCGUAUUUCUGAAUAGCCACUCUGAAAAAUAUUUUUUUGGAAACAAAAGAUUGCAGUUGUGCAUAGACAAGUUCAUGGUUUGUGCGCUUGUGAUCGCGAGCCUUUGCUUUUUGUGCAAACACUUCCUUCAUACUUUUGUUGUUCCUUGAAAAGAGUAAGCUAUUUACAGUUAUCUGGCCACUUCUCUUUUGUAUCGGCAUGUUCCUAGAUCACCCAAAUCGGCAUUGGUUUGCUUGUGCCCAUCUUGCCCUUUUUCUUCAAAGCUUGCGUAACGUUCAGGAUCUUGCGUUGCCAAGCAACAGGAGCUGAGAGUGUCGUCCCCCAGCAAUUCCUUCAGGGAGAGACCGUCCAGGUUUGAGCAUCGCAUGUCCUCAGAGUCUCUCUGCGACAAAAAAUGCAUGCUACCUCAAAGAGGCAUGCUUCCAUGAUGCGAUUCUGAAGCUGCCACUAAUUCAGAUAUUUGUUUUAGAGAUAUGUAUUCAAGGCCGACAUGGACAUACUGGGGCCUUGCUAUAAAUCCCAAUUUGGCGGGUUGAAGUCAGGGCUGAGGCUCCUGAAGUCCAACAAAGGCUUGUUGCAGAGUAAGUGCCAUGUAACCGAGAUUUUGGUUGCAUUUCGAAAGAUCCCCAGGUGGACACAACUAAUCCUCUGUUCUUUGCUGAGGCAUGCCAGAUGUCUUUUGUUAGUUUGGCACGUAAAGCCUGCAAAUUUACCUUUCAUACAUGCGGUGUUUUGCAGAUUUAUAUUGUCCCCCUCUUCCUCGCCUUCACUGUUCUCUUUGAGAGAAGAGGAAAAAGGACUUUCGACCUCGCUAGAUUGAAGCUAUACAUUGGUCUUUUUAUUAACCUGAAAUUGUUUUAUCUUGAAAGGACAAUACAAGCUGUGGAAGGGCUAUACUACUUGGUUGUAUAUAGCCUAGCUGAGACACCACGCAUGGGUCCGUUACUUUUGUCGUACAUGCAGCCCAAACCCGGCUGACGGGAGGGGGAGUUGCAUAUGGCAGAUUACAAGGGAAGGUUCUGCAAGAAAGCAUGGGGAUGCAACUUCUUUGGAAAGUGUUCCCCUUGCACGCGAGGAUGAUGUAAAAUAUGAAGUUCCUGUAACGACACUGUUGCAUGCGUCACUGGAGAGACAAUAAAAAUGGCAUGUCGCCGGUUCUAGUUGUGAA